CGUCCUCUCCCGUUCUCCUUUCCCUGAAGAACCGUGGAAACCCUAGAGAGAAAAACCCUACAAAACCCUGACCCCCCUCCACUGUCCCGCAAACCCUAGAAAAACCCCAGAGAAAUCCCUUUCAAUCUCGUCUCUGCGAACUCGUUCUACAAUGGCGCCUUCUUCCUCACGCUCAGACUCCAUCGAAGACGACAACGACGACGCCUUCGAUGGAGACACGGGUUUCGACGACGAUUUCGACGAGGACAUGGAAGCCCUAAGACGCGCCUGCAUCCUCACCGGCACGAAUCCCGACACAAUCCAACCGCCCGCCCCCGCUUCCACUGCCGCGGCGGGACCCGAUCCCGAUAGCGGCAGCGACAUGGACGAUCUUGAACUGGUCCGGAGCAUACAGCAGAGAUUCUACCUCCCAUCCCUCGCCAUCAAUUCGCUGAAGCCUCGCGGCGUCCGGACGCCAUCGGAUUCCGAUGACGAAGAAGAUUUUGAGACGUUGCGUGCAAUACAGAGGCGGUUCAUGCAGUACGAUGCCGAUGCCUUGAAAAAGAACAGUGAGAAGCAUCUACAAAUAGAUGAGUUGGUUUGUACUACGAGCAUAGCACCAGAGGAGAACACUUCCAACAUUGUGUUUGGAAACAGAAAUAAUGGUGAGGCAUUGGGUGAAGACUUUCCAGAUUCAGAUGAUGCUCAUGCGAAUUCUCAGCCUUUGCAAUAUUUUUGUGACAGAAGUCCUGGCAGCCAGCCUUCUGGUGUCACUGAAAGGCACCAGCCAGAAGAUGGAACUUCCAAUCUUUCUGUGAUGCCAUUCCAGCACUCCAGCUUCCCAAAGUCUGCUCAAAUGUUCAUUGCUGCCCUUAAGAAGAACAGGUCAUGUCAGAAAUUUAUAAGGAGUAGGCUGAUACAGAUAGAGGCAAGAAUUGAAGAGAACAAAGAACUGAGGAGGCGUUUCAAAUAUCUUAUGGACUUUCAGGUUGCCUGCAAAAGAAGAGUAGGCAAAUUUUUAAGCCAACCAAAAGAUCCUCGCAUCGAGUUAAUCUCACUUCCAAAACUCAGGGUUUCUAACAGGAUUCCUAAGGCUGUCAAGGCCAAUGACAAAGUUAGUCCCAUGUGUCUUGGCCCAGAUGAAAAUUCUCAUGUUCCCAACUAUAAGAUGGUACUGGAGAACUGCCCCAUCUCACUGAGGAGGCAACUUUGGUCAAAGGUUGAGAAGGAAAAUCUUGUGAAGGGAAUAAAACAACAAUUUCAAGAAAUGUUGCUGCGGAAAUCGAUAGAGAAUUAUUGUGGAGAGGGAUCUUCUGGAGAUUCGAAUGUGGAUAGCAUUAUUGCAUCAAUUAACGAUCUUGAAAUCACACCUGAAAAUAUUCGAUCUUUCCUACCUCAUGUUGAUUGGGAGCGGUUGGCGUCAAUGUAUGUUACGGGCCGUUCAGGUGCAGAAUGUGAAGCAAGGUGGUUGAACAGCGAAGAUCCUAUAAUCAAUCAUAAUCCAUGGACCAAUCUCGAGGAUAAGAAUCUCUUGUUUAUUGCGCAGCAACGGGGAAUUUAUAACUGGAUUGAAAUUGCGGCUUCACUAGGGACAAACAGAACCCCUUUUCAGUGCUUGGCUCGUUAUCAGCGGAGUCUUAAUGCGUAUAUCUUGAGGAGGGAUUGGACAGAAGAAGAAGAUGCUCAACUUCGUGCAGUUGUCAAAGUUGUUGGUGAGAAUGAUUGGCAGCGAGUAGCUUCUAUUCUAGGAAGCAGGACUGGUCCUCAGUGUUCUAAUAGAUGGAGAAAGACGCUUCACCCUUCUAGGAAAAGGGUAGGGAGAUGGACUGUGGAUGAAGACAAACACUUGAAAAUAGCUGUGAUGCUUUUUGGGCAGAAAACCUGGAUGAAAAUUGCUCAGUUUGUCCCUGGCCGAACUCAAGUUCAAUGUAGAGAGAGGUGGGUCAACACUCUGGAUCCGUCUUUAAAUCUGGAACCAUGGACUGAAGAAGAGGACUCUAAACUGAAAGCAGCAAUCGCUGAACAUGGACAUUGCUGGUCCAAGAUAGCAGCAAUGGUGCCUCCGCGUACUGAUAGUCAGUGCAGGAGGAGAUGGAAAGUUUUGUUUCCACAUGAAGUGCCAUUGCUCCAAGCAGCUCGAAAGAUCCAGAAAGUCGCUCUUAUUUCCAACUUUGUAGAUCGGGAGGAGCAGCGGCCUGCCCUUGGUCCUAGUGACUUCAUUUCUACAUCUGCACCAGAGAUGAAACCUCUUUCUGAAUCCGGAAAUGAGGACAAUGAUGGGAAACGAAAGAGAAAAUCAAGGGUGAGAUGGAAAUCUGAGAAGCAUAUGGACUCCCAUGAUGAUCCUCAACCAAGCAGCAUCAGAAGGUCUAAGACGAGAGCUAAAAGUCCCUGCAAGGGGACUUCAAGAAAGAGAAGUGGUGAUGAUGCUGAGACUCCUCUUGGUGAUGCUGCCAUCCCAAGCAAGAGGCAGAAGAGAAGGCCACCAGCAACCAAAGCUAAAACACUUCCCAACAAAUUGCUAGGAAUAACGGAUGGGGAUGAUGCUAUCCCAAAGAAGAGGGAAAAGAAAAGGCCACCUAAGAUUAGAGCUGAAGCCCAUUCCAAUGAAUCAUUAAGAACAUCAGACGAUGUUGCCAAGACUUCUCUUGGCGAUAAUACCAUCCCAAAGAGGAGGAAGCAAAACCCACCUAAGGCACUUGAUGUUGCCAAGACAUCUCAUGGCGACAGUUCCAUCCCAAAGAAGAGGAAGAAGCAAGACCCACCUAAGGUACUUUCUGACAGUGACAAAUGCAGUCAACCUGCAGGAGGCCACGGAGAUCAACUAGGUCCAGAGCAUCCGGUUUUGGAGGUGACGGACACCAUUGAUGCCUUGUUGGACGGAAAUCCAAAGGUGACAGAUGAUAUGGCUCUAGAGGCUCGAUCCAGAAAACCAAGAGCUAAACGUAAAGCCCAUCCAAAAGAGGUCUUGGAUGCAUCGGACAGUGAUGAUGUAACAAUAGCUUCUGUGUUACGUAACCUUGUGAAGAGGAGGCGUGAACUUGCAGACAAUGACAUUGUUCGAGACCCUGCUGUCAAAGCUCUUCCUCGAAAGAGGGGGAAGAAAAAAGUGCCUAAGCUACUGUUUGACAGGGAUUCAUGUAGUCAACUGGCUGGGGAUGAAGAGAAUAUCCAGUGCCUGGGACAUUCGAUUUUGGAUGUGACGGACACCACUGGCGCCGUCUUGUGUGGAACGCGGACGGAGGAUGGUAUUGAACAGUCUAUGAGGACUUCAUAUAAUGGAAUUGCUGAUGAUGCAUUGCUUGGUAGUGGCGAAACUGUUGCAGACCAAGCUAUUGGAACUAAUGCUAAGAAUGAUAGUACUUCCCUAAAGAAGCAGGAGAAAAAUGCACAUAAGUUGGUGCAGGGGGAUGAACACAUUCAUCCGGUUGAGGACCAUGAAGCUCUAUCGCAUCUGGACCAGUCAAUUUUGCAGAGUUUGAACAUGGACAAUCUUUUCUUGAAUCAGUUGGAGGCUUCUGGGUGCUCCCUUUCCGGGAAAUCCGUUUCGGGGGAACCCCCGUCCUGUAGGAAACAGAAGCAAGAACUGACGAGAUCCGUGAAUGGAACAGCAACUACUCCCUUGCAGAUCCAAGAAUCACAGCUGAACAGUCUCGAACAGACCGUGCCAACUGUCGAUUGUGUGCAGCAGUGGGCUGGGGAAGGAUCAGCUGAAGACAGACUGAUGACUGCAUUAUGUAGUUCACUGGAAGGAUGGGAUAUUAUUGAGCAGGUGAAUGGUCGUGAUGAGAACCAUGAUUCUCCAUCCAGAUCUGAUGAUCAAAAUGGAAGGCCAUGUAAUUCAUUUCAUGUCAAUGGGGUUGAUGGUUCAUCUUCAGACCAUUUUUCUUGUGGCACUGGAGAACCCUUGGCUUUGUCAUCUUCAGAACUGAUUGGCUCACAUCCGCCAGACGGUUCAAUUCCUUGUGAAAUGACUUGGUUUUACAGAAGUAUGCUGCCUGCAGAAGCGGAACAACCCAAUACUAGUCUUCCAGUUUCUGGGAAUGCAAGUACUGAAGAAACGAAGCUUCCGAUGAUUGUGGAAUCAUGUGAUGGCCGGUAGGAUGGGGAACUCAAGAGCAGCAAAAGGGCCUCACUGAAGAGGCCUUUCCAGUUUUGAUUUGUGGGUUAGGGUGCAUGUGCAGAUUUUAGAACUGUGAUGGGACACGGAUUCUCAGAAUAAAAGAUCUUAUUCUGAAAUGAGGAGAAGCUUUCGAGGUCAUGUGAAGCGAUUCACAUGAUUUUGUAUUUGUGGGUAAUAUCGGCUUUUGUUUUGGUUUUCUUUUCUUACUGUGAUUAUUCUUUAUGCAUGCUGCUUAAUGGCAUGUUACAUGUCAAUUAACAUAUCUACUGAAAUUUCAUUAAUUUAAAUGGUCAUUAAUUAUUUUUUUAA